AGUAGGCGGAAGUGAGGUUAUGGCAGCCGUGAGCGCAAAGGGAGUCCGUAGGGAGCCAGCCCAAGUCUGGAGUUGAUGCAUCGAUAAGAAGCGUUAUGCGCUGCGGCCAGAGUUCAUCCCUCUCCCACUGGCCUGGAGUAUUGGUACAUGAAUCCAGAAACCUAUGGAGAAAAAGGAUUUUGACACAUGGCUUGAAAAUCUUUCAGCUGCAUUUUUCACUCUGACAGACUUACAGAAAAAUGAAACCCUGGAUCACUUGAUCAGCCUGAGCGGGGCCGUUCAGCUGAGGCACCUCUCCAACAACCUAGAAACGCUGCUGAAGCGGGACUUCCUCAAGCUUCUACCGCUGGAACUCAGCUUUUACUUGCUGAAAUGGCUGGACCCCCAGACGCUACUCACAUGCUGCCUGGUCUCUAAGCAGUGGAACAAGGUUAUAAGUGCCUGUACAGAGGUGUGGCAGACAGCAUGUAGAAACCUGGGCUGGCAGAUAGACGACACUGUGCAGGAGUCGCUCUACUGGAAGAAGGUUUACCUGAAAGCGGUGCUGAGGAUGAAACAGUUGCAGGACCAUGAAGCCUUUAUAACUGCAUCGCUGAUCGGGCAUAGUGCCAGAGUUUAUGCACUUUUCUAUAAGGACGGGCUGCUGUGUACAGGCUCAGAUGACCUGUCAGCGAAGCUGUGGGACGUGAGCACAGGGCAGUGCAUAUAUGGCAUCCAGACUCACACCUGCGCCGUGGUGAAGUUUGAUGAACAGAAGCUUGUCACUGGCUCCUUCGAUAACACAGUUGCCUGCUGGGACUGGAGCUCAGGGGCAAAAACUCAGCACUUCCGGGGUCAUACUGGUGCAGUGUUUAGUGUGGAUUACAAUGAUGAACUUGAUUUAUUAGUCAGUGGGUCAGCAGACAACACUGUGAAAAUCUGGGCCUUAUCGUUGGGAUCGUGUUUGAAUACGCUCACUGGACACACUGAGUGGGUCACUAAGACUGUGCCGUGAACAAUGGAGUAGGAGGCCCCGCCCAUGAGGCUCCAUCUGAUGUAACCAGCUGUGCACAAGCUGAUCCGCAUGAUGUGUGCGCCUGCGAGACAAUACACAGGGGGGCAGCAGGAAUAGAAG